GAACAGUCGAAUCGUACCCAUCGGCUUCAACUACCGUUCUCUCCCUUCUUCCUUCCUCAAACAGAGAGAGAGAGAGAGAGAGAGAGAGAGAGAGGCACCGUUGAGAGGAGAGAGUGAGAUUGAAAGAUACAUACAGAAACAAACAUGGGUUUCCUACAAAGAUUUUCUACCGUCACAUUCCUAAUCCUCACCUUAUCAUCAUUCCCAAUAACGAACGCCCAAAACCCAACAGCCACAGCCUAUGAUCUCCUCGCCGACUACGGCUUCCCAAUCGGAAUCCUGCCCAAGGGCGUCACCGCCUACUCCCUGGACGAACCCACGGGCAAGUUCUCCGCCUCCUUCAACGGCACCUGCAGCUUCUCCCUCGAAGGUUCGUACCAACUAAGCUACAGGUCCACGAUCAACGGGUACUUGACCAUGGGCAGGCUCGCCAACCUGGAGGGCGUUAAGGUGAAGUUGUUUUGGAUCUGGGUUGACAUUGUGGAUGUCCGUAGGAGUGGUGAUGAUUUAGAGUUUUCCGUCGGGAUCGCGUCGGCUGGGUUUCCGGUCGAUAAUUUCGAGGAGUGUCCGCAAUGUGGGUGCGGGUUGAGGUGCGGCGGUGGGCCGGUUAGGAAGGUUGGGUUGAACCCCAGGUGGGUUUUUUCUUUUUGACUUUUUUGUUGGGGGGUUUGUGAUGAUAGACUUGUUUGACUUGUUUUGUGAAUUGCAAUUUACAACUAUUAAAUCUCCGUACUUGAAUGCAAUUGAAGAAUUACAUUGAAAAAAGUACUAAAUUUCCAUGCAUUCUUGUUCUCAAUGUGGCUGUGGGUCGAGGUGUGGUGUGGUGAUGGACCUUUAAGGAAGGUUGGGUCAAACCCCAAAUGGGUUUCUUCUUUUGAACUGUUUUGAUGGGUUUUUUGAUUUUUGGGUUGUUAUUUGAUUGCUGUUGAUAUAAAUGGGUAUAGAUUGCUAUGAAAAAAUUGUUUCUGUUUUGAGUUUGUCCAUGGAAAUUUGGGACUGGUAAUUACAGUUAUCCCCAUACUUGAAUGCAAUUGAGAAGUGUCCAAAAUGUGGGUGUUGAUUAAGGUGCUGUGAUGGAUCAGUAAAGAAGGCUAGGUCAAACCGAUUUGAAUUUUCGGUUGGGAUUGCUUUGGCUGGGUUUCCGGUUGAUAGUUUUAAGGAGUGUCCUCAGUGUGUGUGUGUGUGUGGAGAUUGAGAUGUGAUGGUGGACCUGUAAGGAAGGUUGGGUUGAACUCCAGUUGGGGUUUUUUAUUGCAGACUUUCUUUGGCUUUGGGUAUUA